UACUUGGCCAGCCAUUUCAUAAGACCUACGAUAUAUUUAUUCUUAUUAAGUGUCGGGUUAACAAACUGAUGCGGUAUCAGUUCGAUGUUUCCCUUUUCAUUAGAUCAUUGAUACAUCAUCGAAGAGUUAUUUUAUUUCGAUGGACAACACUUCGUUGAUCGUCACGACACGGAAAGCAUCGUUCUAACUCGCUUAUAUUGGCACGAGAGCGCAUUCCGAUCUUCUGAGUAUUGUACAUUGAAUUUUUGUUCAUCUAGUCAAUCGUUCUUUCAUCGCAUAAACAUUUUGAAUUCGUGUUAUACAUUUUUCAUUUUUGGUUUCUCAACCAUAACCGGCAGAUGUGUAAAAAGUCUUGUGAAUUUUUGUUUUGUGGGUUUGUUUACACAUUAUGUGUUGUUUUUAUUAAAACUCUUGUUACUAUAUCCUAAAUUCUAGUGCAAGACAAAAGCAAUUUGAAGGUAUAUGUGCAUUGGAUUCUAACAUAUAUACAUCCGUAAGAAGCAUAUCCUUUCUGAACCAGGAUUAUUAGACCAUGGUUUGUAUAAUUGGUCAACCAUGUCUGAUUGACUUCAAUCUAUAUCAUGGCGCCAAAGAUAAGAACCUUUCUAACAUCAAAUUUGUAUUAAGUGAAUCUACUCGUGGUAAAGAGCUUUACAAUUAUAUUCAAGAGCUUGGACAAAUACAACCCGACAGUUUUAAAUUAUAUUUGGUGUCAGCAACAGGAACGAUUGAUUUGUCUGAAAUGAAGGAUAAAACAAUGUCAGAAAUUGGCGUGGAUUUUACCUCUGAUCGAGACUCGACUGAAUAUAAGCAUACACUUUUAGUUCUGGAUCCUGUGGCUAGUUUCUGUGCCAAUAGUGUGGCACAAAAACAAGAUGAAUGUAAUCUACCUACAUAUAAUCCUCCACCUCCAUCACCUAAUGAUAAGAUUGCAGUGCGCAGAUACACUGUUAACCCGAAUAGUUACAAGGACCAGGUCUCUGUGGAAAAUUACUCUCCUGAACCUGAAAUACGUUAUUUUGGUGUCAAGAAAAAGGUCUCUGAGGAAAAUCACUCUCCUGAACCUGAAACAUGUUAUUUUGGUGUCAAGAAAAAGGUCUCUGAGGAAAAUCACUCUCCUGAACCUGAAAUAUGUUAUGUUGGUUUAGUGAACCAAGCUAUGACUUGUUAUUUAAAUAGUCUACUGCAGGCACUGUAUAUGACUCCUGAAUUUCGAAAUGCCCUGUACAAUUGGGAGUAUGUAGAAGGGUCAGAGAAAGAUGAAGCUAAUAGUAUACCAUAUCAGUUACAAAAGUUAUUUCUAAACUUGCAGACAUCAUCAAAAUCUGCAGUAGAAACCACAGCAUUAACAAAAAGCUUUGGAUGGGAUUCUACAGAAGCCUGGCAGCAACAUGAUAUUCAAGAACUUUGUAGAGUUAUGUUUGACGCUUUAGAACAAAAGUUUAAGAAUACAGAACAAGCUGAUUUAAUCAACAGAUUCUAUGAAGGAAAGAUGAUUGAUUAUGUUAAAUGUCUUGAAUGUGGUACUGAGAAAUCUAGAGAAGAUACUUUUCUUGAUAUUCCAUUACCAGUAAGACCAUUUGGUAGUAAUGUGGCAUAUAAUAGCGUGGAAGAAGCUUUAAGAGCGUUUGUACAGUAUGAAACCUUGGAAGAAAAUAAUCAAUAUUUUUGUGAAAAAUGUAAUAAAAAGUGUGAUGCUCAUAAGGGAUUAAAAUUUACAAAAUUUCCAUAUCUUCUGACACUACAUCUCAAACGGUUUGAUUUUGAUUUCAAAACUUUUCACAGAAUUAAACUCAAUGAUAAGGUUACUUUUCCAGAUAUACUUAAUUUAAACCCUUUUAUAUCUUCGACACCAAAUCAAGAAACUCCAAAUAGUGAUGAAAAUAUUGGUUUAGUAAAAUGCGACGAUAGUUCAACAACAGAUAGUGGUACAUUAGAUGAUGAUUAUGUGCUUUGUGAAAAUAAUCUUUCUAAUAGUAAUCACUGGACAAAUCACGAUCAAGAUGACGAUGAAGGUAUAGACAUGAGUAAUGGGCCUUCAACGUCAAAUUGCACAGUACAAAAUCAUGAAAAUGAAAAAAAUCGUAGUGGGAGUAUUGGCAAAGGACCUUAUAAUUAUGAAUUAUUUUCAAUUAUGAUUCAUAGUGGUAGCGCUAGUGGUGGUCAUUACUAUGCAUACAUAAAAGAUUUCAGAACACAGGAAUGGUUUUGUUUUAACGACCAAAGCGUAACUCAGAUAACUCAUGAUGAUAUUCAAAAAACAUAUGGUGGUGGUGGUGCAAGCAGAUACUGUAGGGUAUCAAGUAGUUGUGCCAAUGCGUACAUGCUUAUGUACCGCCAAAUCGAUCCUGCUCGUAACGCUUUACCCAUGCAGGUCCAAGAUUUUCCGAAACACAUACAGGAAUUACUGAAAAAAAUGAAAGGAGAUGAAACGACGAGAUGGAAUAACGAUAGGAAAAUACAAUUGGUUGAUAACUCUCGUUUCAUACAACAAAGAACUCAUAAAGUUUUGCCGAAACAAAAAUUUUUUUCGCGACACAAAACUGGCAUAUCAGGUUGCAUGGAUAAAAUAAAAGUGCUGUACAAAGCAUCUUUCAAUGAAAAAAUAAUACUAAACGAUCGACUUCCCAUAAUGCCUGAUGCAACUUUGGCAGAAAUAACAAAGCAAGUUUAUAACAAAUUCCGUCUAGAAAAUAAAGUAGACUUAGAUCAGUGCCGUUUAGUUGCUUACGACGACCAUAAUCAUAUAAUCCUGACUAGUUUCGAAGGAAGAGAAAAUGAAACAUUUGAAAGUAUCUGGAAUUCUCGAAUGAAUAGCUUGUUAUUAGAAUCACGUGACAAAGAUCAAAAGUUCGAAUCAUAUCCAAAAGGUAUCGUUACAAAAGUAUUUAUUGUUGAUGUACCCACAAGAGAAGUUAUAGAAGGGCCAAUAACUGUACAAGCAUCGCACACACAAACCGUAAGAGAAUAUAAACAAAUGGUGGGAAAGAAGGUUAAUAUGGAUCUCACUGACAUGGAGAUUAUUUUGAGAAAACGUGGAUCAUCUGCUAUACUUGUAUCAAAUGAUGAUCUUGAACUUCAAGCUGCAGAGUUUUGUGAUUUGGUAAAUGUGUUCGUUUGUAGCAUGGCAGAUGCUGAAUAUAAACCUUUCCUUAAGACAGCGAUAUAUGACAUUGUAAAAGAAUUAAAAAACAUCAUAAUAUUACGUAUAAAAUUACCCGAUACAAGUAAAGAAACGUUGGAAGAACUAAAUAUUCCAGCAUUAGAAGAGGAACCUACGGAAAAAGACAUAUCUGCUACGACUAGUCCAUCCAAAAUAAAUGUUAACGAUUCGAAUCAUGAUGCUGGAGUGAAAUGUAACGAAGUGUCAAAAAGUGGAAAAACUACCGAAGAUACUCCUGUAAGAAAUACGAGUCCUCAGUUGGGGGAAGGUGAAGAAUGGAAUACCCCUGAACAGAGUAACAGCGAGGAUAGUAGUCUCAGUGACAGUGAUAAAACAUUGGUUGGAGAUGCACCAGAAGAUGAUAUUUUUCAAUCACCGUAUGGUAAAAUUAUCAUAUCAGAAAACCGUGCCAUUAAAAUGUUGAAUCAAGCCGGACUCGAGAAUCCGGACAAUAUCAUUGACGAUUCUGAAUAUUAUUUCAAAGCCAUCCCUUACGUCAGUAGUUACGGAAAAUUUAUACACGUACUGGUUGACAAAAGGAUGAUAUUCAGCACCUUAAAGAAACAUUUGGAAUCGUAUGUCGGUGUACCUUCAGAAUAUUUCAAAAUAGCUCGUUAUUUCGAUGAAUCUAGCGAUUCUGAAUGUAAUUUAUUUUGUCGACUUGUUUCUUUUUAUGAGGAUAGCGAGGAACUUUUUAUAAGGCUUGGACGAGCUCUACGUAACGGUGAAUUUCCAGUAACAUUAUAUCAGUUUCGUAUUAAUUCACUCGAGCCUUACAAAUUCUUGUGUGAAUCGGUUCUUUCGGAGGGUAUGCUGGUUAGUGAAGCAAAAAAAGUACUUUUGGCAGAAAUUAAAAGAAAGUGCGACAUAGAUAUUCCAUAUGAAAGGUGUCGAUUGAGGAAAAAGUGCUUUAGUAGAGCCUCAAAAGUAUUUUUAGACGAUCAGAAAUUCAAAUUUCCAUUUUUCUCACAAUUCGAAUUGAUCAUACAAGAGUUACCUGGUAAGGAUCCAGUUACCAACAGCAACCAAGUUGUUGUAUUCCUUCAGAGAUGGUCAAUUGAAGAAAUGCAACUUAAACCGCUCGAAGAAAUUGUUUUGGAUGGAAAAACUGCAAAGGAAUUGUACAAAAAAGUGUCUUCGAUUUCGGAAAUCCCUGAAAAUCACUUAGACAUAGCAAAAGGAGUAAGGGGUUCUGUCCCAUAUACGUUUAUCUCUCAAAUUCAGGAUGAAGUAGACUGGGAGGAGACUCAUGCUGAUAUUGAAGUUAGUAUUCACGAUGGCGCUCUAUUCAUAUAUAGGGAUAACAGGGAAAUGGCGAAAAAUGUACCGCGGGGGGAGGUCACUGAUCUACCAUUUCAUCAAGAUGUAUCUUUUUUAUUAUCACCUUCCUCUACGCCACGUUAUAGUGGGCGAAAAGAGAAAGCACUUAGAAUAAAUUUGGAUGCCGAAUGAUCGUCUAUCGAGCAUGUAUCGUUUGAAAAAUAAUUGUUAAAUAGGCAUGUGUGGGAACAUGAAAUGCGUACAAAGUGAUUACAUCGUGUCAGGUAUUUGUGGAAUCAAGUAUUCAACAAUCACAAAAUAUUCUGUGCUUUGAUAUAAGUCUUCGAUACUUCAAAUCUUCCGUGAUCCUAAAGCCUUUCUCGGUUUCUAAAGAUUCGAUUCUGAUUAUCACGUUUCAUUCUAAACUGUUUCAAGAUCAUAAAAGUCAUACAAUUUCCUAUAAUCUAUGGAUAACUAAAGUAUAAAAUCUCAUUAAAAGGCACAGCAAAUACUGAUGAAUAUAAUAGAAAUACUAAAUGUUAGUAAAUUACAAAAGAACAAGAAAAUGAUAACGAGAAGAAAAUUCACUCGCUUGAUGAUAAUCCGAAUUUAAACUAUGGACUUCUUAUAAUAUACACGUAUACAAUUGAUAUAUUCAGAGUUCCUGCAGAUACAUUAUUUUCACAAAUUCCUCGAUACAUUUCUUAACCCCAAGGAUUUUAACACCUUUGCAUAUCUGUAUUAAAGUAUUUUAGAUUACUGUUUCGUUGAAAAAAUUAAAUGUUAGUGUUGGAAUACAGCACAGAGUAUAUUCGUUUGUUGAGAAACAUUUAUCUGACACAACAAUAAUUAACCCUUUUAAUGCCAGUAUAGGUUAAAUUGCAUUCUUACAAUAUUCAUAGAACCAUAAGUCCCAAAUUCAAUUGUUUAAUCUGGUAGUAGCAGCGCUUAGAUGAGUUAGCUAUUAAUUAGACAAGAUUAGCUAUGAAUUUGGUUAUACUUUUGUUCUUUACGCUUCAUAUUGUUUUAAAUGCAUUCAACGUAUACUCUAUAUAGUUUGUCAAAGGAUUAAAGAUAUAAUUCAGAGCUGUUUAAGUAUCGAUGACGAGGUUCUUUCAAUUCAUUAGUUCGUUCAUUAUUUAUUCUUUAAAUCUAGAUUUAAUUGCGCCACUACUAUCAAAUUAAGGAAACGUACGACUACAAAGAUCGAUCUUAAUCAGGCAUGUAUCCUACAGUCUGUUAGUUUAUUUAAUUAUGUAUGUUUAUCAUUCAUUAUGUGUUGUCUGUACAAAAAAUAUCUGUACCACUCGGAGAACAAAAGAAAAAGUACACUUAGCUACUUUGGCACUACUGUUGUUUCCGACAGAUUAAGUUUUCAAUAUAAA